CUCUCCACGCAUGCGCGCGGGGCCUGCGCAGCCAGUAGCGUCGCGGGGACUUCCGGGUCAGCGGUGGCUCGCAGUGCUCUCCCCGCCCCGCUAUGGAGGCCGGGUCGGGCCCCGGCGGCGGGGAGCUCGGCGACCCGGCCGAGAGGGAAAUACCUAAGGCUUAUGUACCAACAGAGGAGGAGAGAAGACUCCUUAAGGAAUGUGCUGAAGAGAGUGCCCGGUAUAGAGCUUUUCCUCUGGCUGCAGUGAGCAUGCUUGGUACUAGCUUCUUAAUUAAGAAAGGUGUUCUAAGAGACAGCUCAAGAUUUGGCUCCUUUGUAAAAGUUGCAUUUGCUGGAAUAUGUGGAUACAUGGCUGGGAAGAUUUCCUACUUGCCCAUCUGUAGCGAGAAAUUUAAGCAGCUGAAGGAUUCUCCAAUUGGAGAUGUUCUGCGACAAGCUCAGAGACAUAGUUCACCUAACCGAUCCAGUCGGAAAUCUGAAUUUUCAGAUAUGCCUUCUCAGUCAUAUACUGAAUCUUCUUCUCCCAGAGCUGGAUACCCACUUCCUUCUAGCUAUUCAGAUGAUUAUAGUUCAACAGAUAGAGCCCUCUCAAGUUAUGAACCCAUUCCUUUCAGUGCUUCCCUGAAUGAAUCCUCACCUACAGGAAUUACUGAUUAUGCUGCUCAAGAUCCUGAUCCAAUUCCAGAAGAAAGCCGUAAAAAAAAAGGCAUCACAUAUGAGGAAUUAAGGAAUAAACACAGAGAGACAUAUGAGGUUAUGCUACCACCAAGGGCAGAAACUCCAAGCAAGUUUUCACAGGAAAAACCAGCUAAGGAAGUGAAAGUAAAUAAAUAUGGAGAUACCUGGGAUGAGUAAGAGCUGAAUGAAGAACUGAAGAAAAUGAUCUGUCAGCUGACUUGAACUUCAUCUAGAUUAGUCACAAGAAUGAGCAUUUUUGGUGUCUUCUGCCAGGCACAGCUUUUAAUAAAUGAGGAAAAAAUCCUGACUUGCCAGAAGAUUUAAAAAAAAAAAAAAAAAGAAAAAAGAAAGCAAGCAUUCAGGCUUAAUGUUUGGGUUUUUUUUAUUUUGCAUAAAUGGAAAGCGAGUCUAUUGUGAGGUGUCAUGGCUAUAAACCAUUUGUGCUCCUGUUGAAGAAUGAAAAGGGUAACUUGCAAUAACUAAUAUAAAUGCAUAGCAGAAGGUAAAAAUAUAUGUAAACAAAUGCAAUCACCUGUAUUGGGAAGGGGGGAAAAAUCAGAAUCUUCUCAAACUUCCAAGACUUGCAUUAAAAGUUACCUGUAGAACUCA